UAAUAGACCUAUAGAGAGUACGUGAAGGAGGAUGCGUCAGCCAAUGGAAUGUUAGCAUCCGUGUGACUUCUGUUCAUUCAGAGGCGGAGAGACAGAACAGAGCGGUGCUGAAAGUGCAAGAUGAGUACUGCCUUAAUGAAGCCAGUUCUUUAUAGUUAUUUCCGAAGUUCCUGCUCCUGGAGAGUGAGAAUUGCACUGGCUCUGAAGGGAAUUGCCUAUGAUCAGGAACCAGUGAACCUCCUGAAGGAUGGGGGACAGCAGUUUUCUACUGAAUUCCAGGCAGUAAAUCCAAUGCAGCAGGUCCCGGCUCUGAAAAUCGAUGGCAUCAUCUUGUCUCAGUCGCUGGCCAUAAUUCAGUACCUGGAAGAGACCCGGCCUAACCCCAGGCUGCUGCCUCAAGAUCUGAAGAAGAGAGCCCAAGCCCGGAUGAUUUCGGAUCACAUUGUUUCUGGCAUUCAGCCCCUGCAGAACCUGACUUUCCUGAAACAAGUGGGAGGGGAGAAGAAGCUGGAAUGGGCUCAACACUAUAUCACAUGUGGUUUCAAAGCUCUGGAGCGGAUCCUGCAGCACACCGCUGGGCGCUAUUGCAUUGGGGAUGAGGUUUCCAUGGCUGACUUGUGUUUGGUCCCUCAGGUUUACAAUGCUGAGAGAUUUAAAGUGGACCUGGCUCCAUACCCCACGAUCACCAGAAUCAAUAAAGCCCUUCUGGAGCUAGAGGCAUUCCAAGUGAGCCACCCAUGCCGGCAGCCGGAUACCCCCGCAGAGCUGCGAGCCUAAGGUCCUUCCUACAAGCAGGCUCUGUUCCUCUCUAAAGCACAAGGGCAGGGAUGGCAGAGAAAUGGAUCACAUCCUGCCCAGAGAAGGAAAGCCACACAAGUGCCCAGCAGGCAGCCAUAGCAUUGAUGCAUCCUUGCCAGCUGCAUAGGAGGAAGGAGAAAGAGAGCGAGUGCCCCUGCCCCUGUACUCUGAAAGAAGCUGUGGGUGGCCCAUUGCAGACCUGAGUAUGGAAGGGAAAGGUCAUGCUUACCCCUGAUCAUGUUUAACUACCUUCAAUCUCACCAUGUAGCAGAUUAAAGGAGAAGCAUCAAUAGCUAUCCUCA